CAUCGCGACGCGUCUUUUAUCCAAUGAUGUCAUUUAAGCUGUAGGAAGAUCGCUGAUCAAUAUCUCCAUAUCUCCGUUUUACAAAUUUCACAAGCAUACAUACAGUGUUCUCCAAAUAUCCAACAAAAAAAGUCACAAUUACCUCAUACUGUCGUUCACGAGGUUGACUGUCCCAGACUUUUGUUGGCAGAUACUGUAGACUGUAGCGUACAACCGCGGUAGAACAAAUGGAGGAUGACACCGACUCGACCGCAAAUCACAACAUCGACAUCUUUCGCGAUUGCGUCUCGGCCGUUCUAGUGGAGCGGCUUUCCCAGCAGACGGAAACAAAAACAAAAAAGAAAAGAUCUUCCAAGCGCAACUCUCGUAGAAAAUCCACCACUCACCAGCCGGACCCCGAUGUUGCCGGUGCGGGGUCCGCCGAGACCGUCACCACCACCACGGCUCCGCCACCACAAGCGCAAAACGACGACGCCGAGGAGCUCUCCGAGUUCAUCGGGUACGUCGCCGACACCACAUUCGACCUGCUGCCCCCUGAACUGCGGCUCCUGACAAACCGCAGCUGGACCGAGGACCCGUCCCUGGCCGACCGGUACAGCCUGCCCCUGACGGGGCCCAGCCUGACCGCCGUGCUGCCCACCGCGGUGGACCCGGACGUCUCCACCGCCCUGUCGGCCUACGGCGACCCGGAGGACUUGCUCGCGCCGGUCGUGACGGCGUACAUCACCACCGCGACGGCUGCCCCCGUCAAGGUGACGCGCGGGCAGGCGGACGAGUGCGAGCUGUGCGGCCGUGACUGGAUCCACCUGACGUACCACCACCUCAUCCCGCGCAUGGUGCACGACAAGGUGCUCAAGAGGGGGUGGCACCGCGAGGAUGAGCUGCAGAACGUCGCCUGGCUGUGCAGGGCCUGCCACAACACAGUCCACAGGUUCGCGUCCCACGAGGACCUCGCCAGGUACUACUACACCGUCGACUUGCUGAUGGCGCAGGAUGAGAUCGCCGCCUUUGCGCAGUGGGUUGGCAGGUUGAGAUGGAAGGGCAGGUAAGGACGGCAAGGGUCCAAGCACAGCCAAUAUAGUUUUGUAAUAGCAUGGUGUAUCUGGUCUUCAAGAAAGGGGAAUGGUAUAAAAUAGACCG